UACGGGGGCAUAUGCCUGCAAGGUUUUCAUCUGUUGGAUAAAUGCUUGGUCACAAGAUGCACAUUUUCCUACCCUCAUUGCCCUCCACUUUUUGACAUUCUACUGUAUUUUUCUUAAAGCGUUGACUGUAGCUAGACUUGACCAGUUCUGCAAUAAGUUUACUUACGGCCUAUCCUGUUCUCGUUAUCUCUACUACCUAGGUCCUCGUCGGUGCCCAUCUUAUAGUACACAAUGCGUUCAGCUCUCCUACUCUCUCCUCUUGGCUGCGCCUUCUUCCACGCCAUUCAUGCAUUCGAGUUUACUGGCCCCGACUCGGCUCAGAAACUUGAUCUCACUCAACCUAUUACAAUCACGUGGGAUGCCAACAAUGGAUCAUUGAGCGAACCGAAGGCCCGCGCACUCGAUCUCUGGUUCUAUGCCCUUCCCAGAGAUGAUAGCGGCCGGCUUGGCUGGGAACUUGACACCGAUCUCCCGCUCUCGGCGGGCUUAUACAAGUGGAACCCUGACACAGUCGUCAAAAGUCUCAAGGACAAGGACGUCUCGAUCUCACCAGACGCGGUGCACGCCUUUGAGGCCAGGCUGCUCGACAAUUCUGGGAGUAAACUAUCAACAGUCGAGAGCGACAAGUACGCCGUUGAAGGCUUUGAUUUCAUCCGAAAUAGUGCUGGAAAUGGGGCGCAAGCCGGGUUUUAUACAGUUGCUGUAGCUCUUAGUAUUGCCGGGCUGGUGCUUCUCCGAUAGAAGUUUGCUGGAGGGGGAAGUAGUCGCGGGGCUUGGUUUAGGAUGCAACAGUAUAGACCAGAGAACAGUCAUAAGUUGGAUUCAGACACGAGAAGUAGUACAGGCUUGAUGUCUAUUGUGACAGGUAGUCAUAUCCCAUGGGGAUAUAAUAAGGCCAAACUAUUAAUCAACAGUUGCCAGUAAUGACAACACCAACCCAGUCUCAAUUAAUCCCACUCCAGCUAGAACUAGAAUAGGAACCUCUCUGGUAGUUCGAUCCGGAUCAUUGACAGCUUCGCA